AUGACCACAGGCCAGGCUUUGCAUACCAAGAAGAUGGAGAGCGCACCGGACAAAGAGACGGUUGCUGACGUAGAGGUAGGAAACAUGUCAAGAUCCAUUGACAUGGUGCCUGGAACUAGGCUGUUGCUUGACCAAGGCCGGAACUCACUUGGUUCUUCCAGCGUCAUCCUCUCCCCUGAGCCCUCCAGCGACCCCGAAGAUCCCCUCAACUGGAGCAUCCUCCGCAAGUCCAUCUCCUUCUUUGUAGUUAAUUUAUACUCAUUCAUGGUCGCCGUCGUGGCAUUGUCCACUGCUGUGACCUACGGAGCUCUGAUUGCCGAGUUUCACACCACGGCAGAGUAUCUUAAUGUCGGAACCGCCAUCUCUAUUCUCCUUGUUGGGAUGGGGAAUAUCAUCUGGAACCCUCUGGCACUUCGCUAUGGUCGCCGUCCAGUUUAUAUCUCGUCUUGUUUCUUGACUGGCAUUGCCCAAGUAGUGGCGGCAACUGCGAGUAGAAGCGACGUCUUUGUCGGCUCUCGAAUCUUGAUGGGCUUUGUUGCAGCCCCCUUUGAGCAGCUUCCCGCGGUUACCGUCAAUGAUCAGUUCUUUGUUCAUCAACGAGGCUUUACACUCUCGAUGUAUGUUCUUGCAGCUACUCUGGGAUCAUUUCUCGGCCCGCUUGCCACGGGCUUCAUCGUUGACGGCGUUGGAUGGAGGUGGGUUUACUGGACCUUUGCCAUCAUUAUGGCACUCGUCACCAUCCUCGCCUUCUUCUUCCUAGAAGAAACUGGAUACGAUCGAGUGGACACCAUAACCUCGACGUCCGAAUCACCGACACAGCUCAAGAGCUACGCCGAUCGAUUGCGAUUGAUAUCCAACUUGAAAUUGUCUCAAAGCUUCGCAUCCUUGUUCUUUGAACCCCUAAAACUUCUUGUUGAGCCAGUCAUUCUGUGGUCAAGCUGCCUCUAUGGUUUCGGCAUUGCCUGGCUCUCAAUCAUGGCCUUUACAUCCAAUACAGUCUUUCAAAGCCCAGAAUAUGGUUACAACUUCAGCUACACUGAGGUCGGCCUAACGAGCCUUUCACCGCUUGUGGGUAGUUUACUCCUGUUUUACGUGGGUGGAGCUGGAACAGAUCGAUUCAUGAUAUGGCAGGCUCGCCACAACGGCGGUAUCAUGGAACCCGAGUCAAGAAUCUAUGCCGCCCUUGUUGGGGGCCCUAUCAUGAGCGCUGGACUUGUUCUCUAUGGAGUCGGGGCCUCUGCUAAGCUGCAUUGGAUGGUGCCAGUAGCGGGAAUGGGUCUUAUUGGAGCAGGCAUCCCCAUUGCUGGUGAAGUCUCUCUUGGCUAUGUGACCGAAUGUUACUCGCACAAGGCUGGACAGGCUACGACAGCCAUGAUAACAGUUCGGAAUAUCAUUGCGUGUGGUAUGAUCUUCGCGACGGAGCCCUGGAUCAAUCACAAUGGCUUGAGGGACACAUUCAUUAUCAUGGGUGCCCUCUGUCUUGUAGGAUUUUGGUCUGGGGCUCUCCUGAUCUGGAAGGGCAAAAGCUGUCGCCGUCGAUCAGCAAAGGUUUGGGGAUUGUCAUGA